AGGAACGGAGGGAGUGGGAGGAGGAGUGAAAGGGAGGGAGUGCAUCUACAGGGUGUGAUUGCCGGCAGCCCGAGGAGGAGGGGGGCUACAUCCAGACUGGAUGGGCCCAGCGAUGCCUUGAUGGAGUAUGGGCCAGGUUUUAGGAUUCUCCCACUGCCAGGAAUAUGGCUCUGUGGCGUCCACUCCAGACUCAACGCCCCCGUGCACCGAUGGUGGGAACGAGGAGUCGGAGAUUUAUGAGCUGCAAACAGCCAGGGAGUGGUCUGAGGAUGAGGAGGGUGAAGACGGAGAUCCAGAUGAUGAUGAGGGACUGUUGUCAUCCCCGUCCAUCUGGGGCACGCCGCGUCAGAACUCCGCCGAGCUGACUUUCUCUUACUUUGCCAUCGCUGAGGCCGAGGCGGUGGGAGCCUCACGACAUCUCCGUGACCGGCGCAGGGCUGGCUCUCGGGGAAGUCGCACUCCUCUGAUCCGCACGGACACCUUGGAAACCCUGUUGGACUCCCCUGAUGUCGACUGGGACCCUCAACCCUUCCUCAGUCGAGAGGACGAUGAAGCAUCCGACACGAGGGAGGAGGAGAUGGUGGAGGCGAGGACAGCGUCUUUAGUCGGAAGGAGGGAAACAGAGCAGGACAGUCAAACUGAGACUAUUUCAAUUCAGCCCUCUCCCCAAAAUGUGGAUCCAGAAACUCAGGGGAGAGACGCAGGAAUCCAAAGAGAGGAGACUGAAGGCAGGAUGACCCAGAUUGUCCAGCCUCAUUCUCCGUCCCAUUCUUCUCAGCAGCAGAGACCCGCACAGCUACUUGAGGCAGCGGCAGCCUCACCGACCCCCGAGCUGGAGUCUCCCGUCAUUAGAGAAACCAUCUCAGUCAAGCUGCUCACAUCUGUCCGACCGCGGGGCCCAGCGUCUUUGUCACCUGCCACCAUUGGUCUAAACUCUCAGGAACAGCUGGUCAGCGAUCACUGGUUUUCAGCACUUGACCUAUCAGAGGACCCCACAGUAUGCACCCACAUAGCAGUGAUGGACCUGAUCUACUGGAAGGACACAGAGCGAACAGGCAUGGUGCUAACGGGGCUGGUGGUGGGCCUGCUGUCCCUGUUCCAGCUCAGCAUCAUCACCGUCGUCUCCACAGUCUCCCUGGCUGUCAUGUGUUUCACCAUCUCAGUGCGCAUCUACUACCAACUCCUCUACAUCCUCAACUGGGGCGAUGGAAAGCACCCCUUCAAGUCAUAUUUGGACCUGGACAUCAGUUUCAGUGGAGAACAGGCUGAACUCUAUAUGCAGAAAGCCAUCGUCAUGGGUCUGUCCGCUGUCGACACGCUGAAGAGACUCUUUUUUGUAGGAAACGUGUUUGACUCCCUCAAGCUCCUGGUCCUAAUGUACCUUGUGACGUACCUGGGGGACCUGUGCAAUGGCCUUACUCUGUUCAUCAUCAGUGUGAUCGCUGUCUUUUCUCUGCCACUUUUCUACAGACAUCGCCAGGCGCAAGUGGACGGGUUCUUUGCAAAAAUCCAGGCCAACAUUGACAACAUUAAGGACAUCUUUAAAAGACUUGCCCAGGGCGGCGGCCCUCCCCCUGACCCAACUCCUGGUGGCGCCAAACCCAAUAUCCAGUAAACACAGACGAACACGAACUUACAGACAAGCUCCCAGAGUUACAGACUGUCACUCAGAUGUCUUACCCAGCAGUCUGUGCUCAGAGCUUCAGAGACUGGGGAAGGGAAGGGGUGUUACUUAAACAGACGACGAUGAGCAUGGUACUUUAUACUCUAACUGUAUCUUAGUUAUGGGGUUAGAGGUUGGGGGUUGGGUUUAAAUUAAUCAAGGUGAAAUCAAGGUGUACAAGUCCUGGAUGAGACUUUCGCUGCUGACGUCAGAGAUGGAAAUACAGCUUGUCCUGUGUGAAGACCCGUGGAAAUACUCAUUGUUUUUAAAAUGUAAAAAUGACUAAGAAGUGUCUUGGAUUGAGCUUUAGUCCAAAUGAGGUACUAAGACCAGAGAUGGAAAGUUCCCACACUGACGUCAGUUUUUAAGGUGAUUUAAACGACAGGACAAAAAAAAAAAACACAUCUCAUUAUUCAUGGCAGCAUAAAACUGGCAAAUAAGAAAGCAUGUGUCAGCACAUGUACUUUUUCCGAAUGCAAAUCCAUUCUCAUGAAAGUGUAUCUGUGUGUAUGCAAGUACAGUAUGAGUGUGUUUGUGUGCGUGUAAUUCCUGACAUACCGCUUGCUGAAGUAUUACCUACAAGCAAUUAAAGUUGCAUUUCUUCUUUA